AUGCUGACGCCUUAUUUGGAAAAAGGACAAGUCGAAGCGGCCAAGUACCGAAGCCGAGUGAUGAUGAUGAAACAACGCGUCCAUAGCGAAGCGUAUUCUGGUUACAUCACCGUGAAUAAGAAGCACCAAAGCAACCUAUUCUUUCUACACAUCUUAGCAAAGCUGGCACCCAAGAAGGCACCCUUGCUGCUGUGGCUACACGGAGGACCCGGAAAGUCAGCUCUGUUCUCGCAGUUUCUCGAGAACGGACCUUUAGGAAUCAGCGGAAAGGGAAUGCUCUACCGCAGGAGACACACCGUCCAAAACUUCGCCAACGUCAUUUACCUGGAUCAACCCCCGGGAGCGGGGUUCAGUUACACCAAGAGUCCUCAGGGCUAUGCCCAGUCUCUGCAAGACACCACUGCCGCCAUCUUGGAGUUUCUUCGACAGUUCCUCGUGAUGUUUCCGGAGUAUCAAAACCGAAAUUUCUUUGUGGCCGGAGAGUCGUACGGAGCUAGGGCAGCCAUCGGAAUCGCGCACCACCUGCAAACCCAGAAGGAUUCCGACGUGUCCCUGAAGCUGGGCGGCGUCAUCUGCGGAGUGGGCUUCCUGGGUCCCACACUGGACAUCGUGGACUCGAGCGAGUUCCUCUACCAUAUGGGCAUGGUGGACGAACGGGGCAGGGCCACCUUUGCCGCCACCAUCCAGCAAAUCCGCGAGCUGGCAGAGGUGAACCGGACGGCGGCGGUGCUGAUGCUGGGCAACACCAUACUGCAUACGCGGCAGAAUGGACGAAGAAGCCUCUUCGUCAGGCUUACGGGCUACAACGACCACGGCAGCGCCCUCACUUACGCCUGUCCGCCCCAAUUCGAUCACUACUACAGGUACGCUCAAAGGCCCAUCUUCAAGAGAAGCAUCCACGUGAGUCCCACCGCCCGGGUGGAUGGCGACCGUAUAACUGUCGCGCUCAACCUCGGCAUGAAGGACUACUUCACCGACAUCAGUCCUCUGGUCCAAGACGUCCUGGACUCCCAGCGUGUCCUUGUCUACUCGGCCCAGAUGGACACCGUUCUGCCUGCCGUGAAUCUGGACAAGUACUUCCGGUCCCUGAACUGGACAGGAGCCGAACAGUUCAGGGCGGCCUCACGUCAGCGAUGGUACUCAUCCGGAGAGAAUCCGCCGAUGUUGGGUUACGUGACAACAGUCAAGGACCUGACGUACGUUCUGUUGAUGCGCGCGGGGCACCACGCCUCGUUUGAUCAGACGACGACGGUGUACAAAAUGAUUAAGAGCUUUGUCUCGGACCUCGACUUCUUGACGUCUUACGAGGAAUGA